AUGUCUACAACUCAAACUCUAGAAGUUAUCGGCGCGGCCACAGCUCUCCUGCUCACCUACAAGGCCAUCUCCUUCAUCAGCAUCUACCUCAAACCUUCCCAACUACACCUCUACAACCCCUCGGGCAACUCCUGGGCCCUAGUCACCGGCAGCACAAACGGAAUAGGCGAAGGCUUUGCCCACGCCCUCUGCGCCAAAAACAUCAAUGUCCUUCUCCACGGUCGUAAUGAGCAAAAACUGUCUACCCUGAAAUCGACACUGGAGAGACAGUACCCAGAAGUCCAAAUCAAGACUGUAAUUGCAGAUGCCUUCGACAUCGACGCCGACAUUUCUUCAAUCGCCGAAACCUGCAAAACGCUACCAGGACCCCUGACUCUACUCGUCAACAAUGUAGGCGGCGCACCUCUGAGUCCUUCUUUCGGGACGCUUGCAGAAGUCGACGCGACAUAUGUGGACAAGAUGAUAAACCUCAACUCGCGCUUUCCCACCCAGCUAACCCGUGCUCUACUACCUCUACUCUCCAAGUCUUCGCCAUCACUAAUUAUGAGUACUUGCUCCAUAACCGGGUUCCGCGGAUUACCUUACCUCUCCGUGUACUCGGCCACAAAAGCCUUCAAUUACGCAUUACACCAAUCGCUUUCUUCCGAGCUUGCUGCCGAGAAUUCUGGAGUUGAAGCGCUGGCAAUCGUGAUAGCGAAUGUGGUUAGCGGGGGCAAUAAAACUACAGAAGGCAUGUUUACUUGUACAGGCCUGCAGAUGGCAGAGUUUGCGCUGCAGAGGAUUGGAUGUGGACAAGUUGCAGUGUUUGGGUGGUGGAGACAUGCAGUACAGUGGUGGUGUAUGAGUUUGUUACCUGAGUGGUUGACUGAAAAGGUACUGAUCAAUGUCAUGAAAGAGAGGAGAACCGAAGAGCAAAAGGGAGAGUGA